GUGAGUGAGAAAAUUCUACUCCCCGCACAGUGUCGGCUGUUUCCCUCUCUACGCCUUUCGACACUGAUUCCGUUCGGCCGGGAGAGGUUUAUCUAGGGUUUCGGUUGCGCGCCAUUUGCUGCUGCCUCCUCCACUACCCAUGGCGAAACCCAGCCGCGGCCGCCGUUCUCCGCCGUCCGGCUCCUCCUCUCGCUCCCGCUCCUACUCCGGCUCCUCCUCCCGCUCCAGCUCCCGUUCCCGCUCGAGAUCUUUCUCUUCCUCCUCCUCCUCCCCUUCGCGCAGCGUCAGCUCCCGGAGCCCUAGCCCCCCUCGCCGGCGCAAGAGUUCCCCGGAAGCUGUUAAACGAGGUCGCUCUCCACCGCCCCCUAAAAGGACUUCUCCACCCCCGAGGAAAGCUUCUCCAUCUCGUGAAUCCCUUGUCCUGCACAUCGACUCGCUCAGCCGCAAUGUCAACGAAGGCCACCUCAAAGAGAUAUUUGGCAACUUUGGUGAAGUUGUGCAUGUGGAGCUUGCAAUGGACCGGAGUGUGAACCUUCCGAAGGGUUAUGGUUAUGUUGAAUUCAAGACACGAGCUGAUGCUGAGAAGGCCCAGUUGUACAUGGAUGGUGCCCAGAUUGAUGGAAAUGUUGUUCGAGCAAACUUCACAUUACCUCCAAGACAGAAGGUUUCACCGCCACCAAAACCUAUUGCAGCACCACCCAAGAGAGAUGCACAUAAGGCUGAUGGCAGUGCUGAGAAAGAUGGAGCUAAACAGCAGAGAGAAGCUUCACCCCGUCGGAAACCUCUUUCCCCACCACCGAGAAGAAGAUCACCUGUACCUCGGCGAGGUGGAUCACCUAGAAGACCGCUGGAUUCUUCCCCACGGCGAAGGGCUGAUUCUCCAAUUCGCAGACGCGUAGAAUCUCCUUAUCGUAGAGGUGAUACUCCUCCAAGGAGGCGGGCUGCAUCUCCUGGCAGAGGUCGUUCUCCUUCACCUCCUCCAAGGCGGCUAAGAUCCCCUAUAAGGGCCUCUCCUCGAAGAAUCCGUGGAAGUCCUGUGCGUAGGCGCUCUCCCCUUCCUCCAAGACGCCGUACGCCACCUAGACGUAUUCGCAGUCCACCUAGGAGGUCUCCAAUUAGCCGUAGACGUAGCCGAUCUCCUGUUCGAAGACCUGUUCGAUCACGUUCAAGGUCAACUUCUCCACGGAGUGGUAGGGCACUGCCUGCAAGGCGUGGGAGGUCUUCAUCAUUCUCCGAUUCACCAAGUCCACGCAAGGCACCUCGGAGAAUAUCAAGGAGUCGUAGCCCAAGAAGGCCAUUGAGGGGAAGAAGCUCUAGCAACAGCAGCAGCAGCGGCAGCUCUCCCCCAAGAAGGUGAUAGGUAAUGUCUCUCUCUCUCUCUCUCUCUCAUCUCCUCCCCCCGUUGCUCAGUGCUAUCUGUCCCCACCGACCAGAAAGAGCUGUUACUAUGACGUCUUAAGCAUGUGUAAGCUGUCCCAUAAUGUCUGAGGGAUACAUUGUACUGUUUUGUGAUUUGACAAUCGAAGUGAGACUUUAGGAUCUGAAUGUGAGAUGUUUUCUUCCAGCUUUUUUAUUUGGUAGAACUAGAAGGGAAACCGAAAUGGUAAUGAAGUUGAGCUGACUCUGAGUUCCUUUUAUUACCAAUAAUUUCUAAAUUUUACUUCCCUAGAUCGAUGCUUGUUUGUUCA